AUGAAUAGAAAGUUGAAGACUCUCGCUGAGUGGCAUGUUUUACAACACAAAAUGGUUUUGAUGGAAAAUCGACAAGAUGAACAAGAUAAGGCGAUUCAGUGGAUGAAACAAGAAGAAACACAUAAAGUACUGGCGAAAUUGAAAAGAAGGAAUGAGAAGCUUCGACGGCGACUGGAAAAGGAAAAGGAAUGUCCAGAAGAAUUCUCUCGUCGGCAGAAGGAAUUGCACCGCCAGGCUUUGGAGAUGAUUGAAAAACUUGAGAAUAUGAAAAAGAAUAAGAAUAUGAAAUAUUACUAUCGAGAGAAACACAAUGCGAGAGCACUUUGCAGUGAAAUUCGAAAGUUAUUACGUGAAAGUGAAGCAGUAAUUGCUAGAUCGCGAGAAUAA